AUGAAAUCCUAUUAAGCUGCUUUACUAAUCUUUACCUUAAUUUGUUUUGCUUAUUCAUAAAGCACUAACAAAUCUUGCUCCAAUAACUUUACUUAAUAGACUUGUUAAUCGCCUUGUGUUUUUACUCCUGAUUAAAAUUCUUUUGUUUGCCAAUCUAAAUGCUCUAGUUUGGACUAAAAUAGCUGCUCUAGCUAAUCUACUUGCUCUUAUCAACCAGGGUAUUGCUAGUUAUCUAUAAAUAAUUGCUCUUAUAUUUUAGGAAGUUCCUUAACUUAAGAUUAGUGUUUAAGGUAGAAUAUAAAUUGUGUAUUUACUCCACCUGUAAAAGAAGAUUGCACUGUAUUGGAUAAUGUAAAAAAUUCGUGUAAUAGUAAGAAUAAUGAUUAUAAUGGUUGCUAAGCAAUAAAAAAUAGCGCUUCAACUUAACAAUGUACUUUUACAGAUACAACUUAAAAAUGUGAAGCUGUUUCAAAUUACUAAUGCAGCAGUACACCUUCUUGUGAUUAAAAUAUGUGUGAUUAUACUGCUUGUGCCUAAAAGCCUGGAACAGAUUGUUCUACUUAUAAAACUUCAGAUAAUUGCAAUGUAAGCAAUAACUGUCUAUGGAGUACAAAAGAUAGCGUUUGUAAUGAUAACUGCACAAAUUAAACUUCUACUGGUUGUCCUUCAUCAUGCAUUAAAGAUUAGUGCGUUUCUAAUAGCACUAAAUAGCUUAACUAUUGUAAAGCCUUAAAUACAGAUUCAAAAUGCGCAGCUGAUUCUACUAGAUGUAAAGUAACAAGUUUAGGUACUUGUGAUCCUUCAUCUACUCUUUGUUCUGUUACAAAAUCAUUAAAAGAUAGUUGCCCUUCUGAUUCUUGUAAUUACAUAUCUCCAAAAGAUCCUACUUGUACAAAUCCUAAAUGCAGUAAGAGCUAUUCAGAGAACUGUGAUCCAUACUGUGCUGCUAUUCCUCCUAGAUGUAUUUCUAAUGGGCUGAGCACUUGUGGAACUCUCAAAUCUUAAAGUGAUUGCAAUAAUAGUGCCGCAUUCUGCAGUUAUAGCCAAAGUGGAACAUGUGCAACUCUAGCUACUGGAUCUAGCUCUAAUUCCUAUAUUCUCUCCUUAGUUUUAGUAUUUUAGUUAUUAAAUAUCUUGUUCUGA